CGUCUUUUCCUUUUUCUUUUACAAAAUUCCACGUAACAAAAAAAUUUAAGAGACGAUCAGAAAAGGAGAGAGAGGACCAGCACCGGAAAUUGGCAAAGAAGAAUGGCUUCCCAGAUCGUCGGACGGCUCCUUCGAAGCACCACCCGCCAUAAUCCUAUCUUCCCUAAAUCCGGCAGCUUCUCUAGGGUUUUCCAUCGCAAUAUCUCCGCCGACUCUGCCUCGGAGUCCAAUCUCAUUCGCGCCACUCUCUUCCCCGGCGAUGGCAUCGGCCCCGAGAUUGCCGAGUCCGUGAAAGAGGUAUUUAGAGCUGCUGACGUACCAAUUGAAUGGGAAGAACAUUAUGUGGGGCUGGAUAUAGACCCUAGAACUCAGAGUUUCCUGACAUGGGAAAGUCUGGAAUCUGUGCGUCGUAAUAAGGUGGGUUUAAAAGGUCCAAUGGCUACUCCUAUUGGAAAAGGCCACCGUUCCCUCAACCUUACCUUGAGGAAAGAGCUGAAUUUGUAUGCCAAUGUUAGACCUUGUUACAGUCUGCCUGGCUACAAGACUCGAUAUGAUGAUGUUGACCUCGUUACCAUCCGGGAAAACACGGAAGGCGAGUACAGUGGUCUGGAGCAUCAAGUGGUGAGGGGUGUUGUUGAAAGCCUCAAGAUUAUCACACGUCAAGCGAGUUUGAGGGUAGCUGAGUAUGCUUUCCUCUAUGCCAAGACCCAUGGAAGGCAGAGAGUAUCUGCCAUCCACAAAGCGAAUAUCAUGCAGAAAACUGAUGGCCUCUUCCUUAAGUGUUGUCGUGAGGUUGCAGAGAAGUACCCCGAGAUUACAUAUGAGGAAGUUGUCAUUGACAAUUGCUGUAUGAUGCUGGUGAAGAAUCCAGCACUGUUUGAUGUCUUGGUGAUGCCCAAUCUUUAUGGAGACAUAAUCAGUGACCUUUGUGCUGGUUUGAUUGGAGGCUUGGGCCUAACACCAAGCUGUAAUAUCGGUGAGGGAGGUAUUGCUCUUGCUGAGGCUGUUCAUGGUUCAGCACCAGAUAUAGCUGGAAAGAAUUUGGCGAAUCCUACUGCUUUGCUUUUAAGUGCUGUUACAAUGCUUCGACAUCUGGAGCUUCAUGAUAAAGCAGAGCGUAUCCAGGAUGCUAUCCUGAAUACUAUUGCAGAAGGCAAGUACCGAACUGCAGACCUUGGUGGUAGCUCAUCAACAUCUGACUUUACCAAAGCAAUAUGUGACCAUCUCUAAACAGUGGCUUCACAUUUGUAUAUUUGAUUUUGCCCUGAAUCCAACAAACCGUUGUUUCUUGUGAUGUAUUUUUCUUGAGGGAUUAUUAAUGGCUAUUAGUUAUUGAAGAACCGGACCACAUUAAAGAAGAUUGGUCGUCCAGUUAUGUAUUUCCAUGCAAAGGUUCGGUUGAAUGGGGAAAUACACUAUCAAUGUAUCUAUCAAUGGGUGGCAAGAUUAUGUUCAGUGAGCUGCGUCGGAGUGGGAACAGCUUCUACAAUCUGCAUUCCGGGGCUAUGACGGGUUAUUCUUUAUCUGUGAAAUAAAAGUUUCUUGAUGUGGUUCUUUCAUGAAUCUUUGCAAUAUUCAACCUGCCCUUCUUUUCUGUCCCUUUUACGCUUUAUUUGUUUUAUUGAUAAAGGGAUUAGAGAUGCUUACCAGUCUCAUAGUUACCAACGGUCUGUAUGCCCUAUUAAUAGGAGAAAUUAAAGUUAAAUUCAACAGUCAUGGUGGAGACACAUCUUGUGGCAAUGAAGUUUAAUUUCACGGUCUAUUGAAAGGGAAUUGCUUAA